AUGCCCGACAGGACCCAUCGUCUCUGCCUGUUCGAAUCUCAUACGUCAGAUUCGGAAUCAAUUAAACGCGACACUCCCACCAGACGCGUCUCAUCCAACGACAUCAGUGUCAGGAACCCCGAAUCUGCUCACCUGGAACCCGAGAGAGUGGUUAUUCGCCGCAUCCUGUACCCAUCAUCUUUCCAACCUCCAACUGGAAGCUCCCGUUCCUUCUCAUCAGUCAAGGCCAGAUUGCAGCAGGACGCUCUGCCAGGUCGACUUGAGGGCACCGGAGACUCACAUGGUGGAUUCUGA